AUGGCUAAGACAAGGAGUAUGACUAGAGACCAGAAUCAUGAUGAUGCGUCUAUCAGGAAGACGAUCAAGACUUGUGAUCCUUGGUCUGAUCUUAACCAUGAUGUGCUUUUCUUAAUUAUGAUGAAAUUUGGAGUCAUAGAUUUCAUUGCAUUUAGUGGAGUUUGCAAGUCAUGGAGAUCAUUUGCAGUCUCUAACAAGAACAGUUUUAUGGUGUCCAAACCACCCAUGUCCAUAUCUAUCUCUACCGAUGCUGAUGAGAAUAAGUGCUACUUAGAGGACUUUGAAGGAAGAAAGUUAAAAAUCAGCCUUCCUCAUUCUGAUUAUAAGACAUGUGUUGGAGUAAGUUGUGGUUACUUGAUUCUAUUUGGUGAAAAAAGCAACGACUUUUGGCUUGUGAAUCCUAUCACAAGACAUGAAUUUCAUGCCCCUUUCUCAUUCCGUAAUGUCAACUUCUACUCUCCUUGUCUCGGGGCUAUCCUUGUCUUUUCACCUUUAAUAUCUGGGUGGGUGUUUGUUGUGUUCGCUAUAUACUAUCACAAAAUAUGGUUUGUUAUUGUUGGUAAACGAGAAUGGACUUAUGUCUCCACCCCUUUUCGCAUCCUUGAUUUACAUGCUUUCAAGGGGAAGAUAUAUACCCUACACUCCAUUAAUCGUUUAAGUGAAGUGAGACUUUUUCCUACACCGAAAGUGACGUUACUUAAAAUCAAGAAUUCUCCGAUUCCCGACUUCAAUUAUCCUGCGUUUGUAAGUUUUGGUGAAAAUCUUUAUGUGAUGGAUCGAAUUUCAGAACAUCUGAGCAACAUUCAAGAAAUAAAUUUCAGCAAAAUGAAAUGGGUGUCACGUGAAAAGACAGGAGAAGAAUAUGCAUUCUUUCUUCGCAACCCUGAGCAAGGUGCUGGUUUUAUACGAAUAGAGUCGUGGGCUGAUCUUCACUCGCAAUACGGGAAAUAUUCUUUUCCUUAUAAAAGUGGAGAAGACAGGUUCUUUUUGGCAAAAAUGUGGUACUUCUUCCAUGAUUGUUUCGAUGCUAGUUUUCUACAUCAGUCAGUGAAGACUUGUUAG